AUGCUAAAAUUCAAGAAUAAGUUCAAGUUUGGGUCUUCCAAUGGGAACCAGGAACCCACGAGCCCGACGGGGGGUAAGAGAUCGCCCAAGACGUCGUCGGAAUCGAGGAGAACGAUUUCGGGUAAUGUUCUCUCGGAUAAUCUUCUGAAGCUCUCGAUGACGGACCAGGAGACCACACAUUCAGAUCUUUCGGGAUAUCAGUCGUCGGUUCAGUCUGGGUCGAAGAUGACAGGUCAAUUGCAGGGAACGGACAAAGCAGGGCAGGUGAAUGUCCAACCGAUGACAGUGCAAUCGCCUAGACAAGCUGGGGCGCAGGGGGGCCAGGGAGGUGCUGUGAUGGCCUCGACGGGGACGUCGUCGAAGUCGACGUCGCCGUCGUCAGGGGUGUCGGAUACGGAUCAGCCUAACACGACGGUGAGCUCGACACCGGGGUUGUUGACGGUGAAGAUAUACAAUUCGGCGAAUUUGCAAUUGCCCAUCAAAAUUAAUAAUAAUAAGCAGAUCUUGCACACAUUGGCGACGAACGCCAACAACGACGUGACGAGCCAGCAGUUGAUCAAGAACUUGAAUGCCUUGGCGACCAAAGAAGAAGAGGAAGAAGCGGGACAUGCACAUUUGCCGGGGUCCAUUUCCACCAACUUUUUGCCGUCUACCAUAACGAUUCCCAAUGGAGAGAAUUUGAUCAAGGCAUUACUUUACUUGACGGUGGAGUUUGAUAAUAAUGUGUUGGUAAUAGAGCCGCAAAAGGGGACGGUGAACCAGUCGGUUUGGAAUCAGGUUGUGUCGUUUGAUGUGACGAAAAAAUCGACCAGCAGCGGCACUGGGUCCAAUUUUUUGAAUUUAAACUUGUUCAUCAGGUUGCCCAAUAUCUUGAUUCCUGACUCGGAGAAGUCGUCGCAGGAGAACCUAUUUACCAAAAAUGAAUCGGCCAAAAACUCUAAUAACAUAGGCGAUUUGUUAAUCGGUACAAUUAAGUUGCCAUUGAAUUUGAACUUCCAUAUAAAGCCUAUAAGGUUGAUGAACCACGAAUACUUGAGUUUUGCCAAUUUCAAUUUGUCCGACGAUACUAAGAAAGCUCUCGGUGAGAUCAUGUUGACUAUAGACUUCAAGCCAAUACUAAAGUCCCAUUUAUCGAUUAAUGAUUUUGACUUAUUGAAAGUCAUUGGUAAAGGGUCAUUUGGUAAGGUGAUGCAGGUCGUGAAGAAAGAUACAAAACAAAUCUAUGCAUUAAAGACAUUACGCAAACAGCAUAUCAUAUCCAGAAUGGAAGUAACUCAUACCUUAGCUGAAAGAACAGUGUUGGCGAGAAUUACUAAUCCGUUUAUUGUGCCGCUAAAAUUCUCCUUCCAGAGUCCGGAAAAACUUUAUCUUGUUCUAAGUUUCAUAAAUGGAGGAGAAUUGUUCUGGCAUUUGCAAAAAGAAGGUAAAUUUUCAAUGAAUAGAUCCAGAUUUUACAUAGCAGAAUUAUUAACUGCGUUAGAAAGUUUGCAUGAACUAAACGUCAUCUAUAGAGAUUUGAAACCAGAAAAUAUAUUGCUUGACUACCAAGGGCAUAUUGCAUUGUGUGAUUUUGGAUUGUGUAAAUUGAACAUGACCAAUAAUGACAAAACUAAUACAUUCUGUGGAACUCCCGAAUAUUUGGCUCCUGAGCUCUUGUUAAAUCAAGGCUAUACUAGAAGUGUUGAUUGGUGGACUUUAGGGAUUUUGCUCUAUGAGAUGUUAACAGGUUUACCACCUUUUUAUGAUGAUGACGUCCCGACAAUGUACAGAAAAAUUUUGCAAAACGAAUUGAAGUUCCCCACUUGGUUGGAGAACACGGACGCUCAAGAUUUGCUCAUUAAGUUGAUACAAAAAGAUCCUUCGAAGAGAUUAAAUGAUGCCCAAGUGAUAAAAAAUCAUAGCUUCUUCAAGGACAUCGAUUGGCAAAAAUUAUUAAGCAAGAAUUACUUACCACCAUUCAAGCCAAACGUGGAGAAUUUACUCGAUACGUCUAACUUUGACCAGGACUUUACUAGCGAAAAGCCCCAAGAUUCUGUUGUUGAUGACUUUUUGAGUGAAAGUGUUCAAAAACAAUUUGGUGGUUGGACUUAUAACGGUGACAAUAUCUUAAGCUAG